AUGACGGCUGAUAUGGAGACCCAAAAUGAGUAUGAUGACAGUGGAUUGCCAGGGCCAGGCGCACCCACUCCGCUCUCAGCUCUGGAGGGAGUUGCAGGUUUGACCAGUAGAGAUAUCAAGCUCUUUGUUGAUGCGGGCUACCACACAGUCGAGUCAAUCGCAUAUACGCCGAAGCGAUUGCUGGAACAGAUUAAGGGAAUUUCAGAGCAGAAAGCGACCAAAAUCUUAGUCGAGGCCGCCAAACUCGUACCAAUGGGCUUCACAACCGCCACAGAGAUGCACGCCCGACGAAGUGAGCUUAUAUCGAUCACGACAGGGUCCAAGCAGCUAGAUACACUAUUGGGAGGAGGCAUCGAAACGGGGUCGAUCACCGAGAUAUUCGGGGAGUUCCGGACAGGAAAGAGUCAAAUUUGCCAUACGCUUGCCGUCACCUGUCAACUGCCGUUUGAUAUGGGUGGGGGCGAGGGCAAGUGUCUCUAUAUUGACACCGAGGGGACUUUCCGUCCGGUGCGUCUAUUAGCGGUGGCCCAGCGUUAUGGACUGGUAGGAGAAGAGGUUCUGGACAACGUCGCCUAUGCUCGAGCCUACAAUUCAGAUCAUCAGCUCCAACUACUCAACCAGGCAUCUCAAAUGAUGUGUGAGACGCGUUUCUCACUUCUUGUUGUGGACUCCGCCACUUCAUUGUACCGGACGGAUUUCAACGGUCGUGGUGAGCUCUCGUCUCGACAGACACAUCUCGCCAAGUUCAUGCGGACCCUGCAGCGACUGGCGGAUGAAUUUGGAAUUGCCGUCGUCAUUACAAACCAAGUAGUCGCUCAGGUUGACGGUGGUCCAAGUGCGAUGUUCAAUCCCGACCCGAAGAAGCCCAUUGGUGGGAACAUCAUUGCGCAUGCCAGUACGACCAGAUUGAGCUUGAAGAAGGGUAGGGGUGAGACCAGAGUUUGCAAGAUCUAUGACAGUCCAUGUCUACCAGAGAGUGACUGUCUCUUCGCCAUCAACGAGGAUGGAAUAGGAGAUCCAAGCCCCAAGGAUCUGGAGAAUGAUUAG